AUGCCCUGUGCCGGCCGGGAGCAGCUCGCUCUCCGGGAGCUGGUAACGGCAGCCCUUGUCCCCCAUCGGCCACGCUUCACCUCCGGGACUUGCACAAACCUGGGCACCACCUCCCAGCCCGCGCUGUUGCCAUUCCCAGAGAUACGGCUUGCCAACGGGCCCAGCCGGUGCCAGGGGCGAGUGGAGAUCCUCUACAACGGCUCCUGGGGGACAGUCUGUGAUGAUGACUGGGACAUUGUGGAUGCCAACGUGGUGUGUCGCCAGCUGGGCUGUGGCCAUGCCAUCACCCUCCCGGCCGCCAUGACCUUCGGCCAAGGGAGUGGACCCAUCUUCUUGGACAACGUGGACUGCAAGGGCCGGGAGGCAGCCUUGAGCGAGUGCUGGAGCCACGGCUGGGGCAUCCACAACUGCUACCACUACGAGGACGUGGCUGUCGUAUGCAACGGUGACGGCAGCAUCCGUCUGGUGAGCGGGACCGACACCUGCCAAGGCCGGGUGGAGAUCUUCUACCGGGGGAACUGGGGCACCGUCUGUGACGAUGACUGGGGCCUGAGCGACGCCAGCGUGGUGUGCAAGCAGGUGGGCUGCGGCCAAGCCCUGGAUUACAAGAGCAAUGCCUAUUUCGGCUACGGCACGGGGCGCAUCCUCCUGGACAACGUCAACUGCGACGGCAGCGAACCCUUCCUCUCCGCCUGCUACAGCCUCGGCUGGGGCAUCCAUAACUGCGGCCACCACGAGGAUGCCGGGGUCAUCUGCACAGGGCUGGACAGGUCCACCAUCACGUCCUUCACCACCUCGGUGGCUCUGGACUACGAAGAGACGCUCACUGCCACGGCCACAGCGACGGACGACAGGAACCAGCCCUCCCAGGCCACCGAGCUGGUCACCACCGCUCUCCUUACCGUCGAGCAGGAAACCUCAGCCAGCCCCACACCGCUGCUGGGGGGGUCUGACCUGGCCCUGGGGGGCACAGGCGUCCCCCGAGUCACUUUUCCCACCCCUUCCCCACUGCACCAGGCGCUGAUGACGCUGGAGACUAUUUCCAAGAAGCCACUGCUACAACCACCACGCCGGCCCUGGCUCGUCCCAAGGAUGUGCAAGGCCCACGAGCACUCGCUGCUGCGCUGCUCCCACAUCCGCUGGGACGUCCAUAACUGCGACCACUCCGAGGAUGCUGGUGCUGUCUGCGGCAUCCUAUGA